AUCGGGAUCGGGACCGGGACGAGCGGCGGCGAGGCCGCGCCCAAGCCCCGCCCACGAUUCCAAACCGGGCCCAAGGCCACGCCCACUGGCAGAACCACGCCCCAAACACGGCCGCACACCACGCCCUUAAUUAACUAUGAAACCACGCCCCUAUUUAAAUCUAGCCACGCCCACUACACUCAAAACCACGCCCAUUUGCUCCGUGCCAGCCACGCCCCUCUCUCCCAUUGGCUCCCCCGCCAGGCCCCGCCCCCAGUCCCGGCACCCCCGGCACUUCCAACAUGGCGGUGCCGCGGUCGCGGCGGGGCCGGGCCCGGUAGUUCUCGGUGGUUCCUGGGGGUUUCCGGCGGAUCCCGGCGCCCCCAUGGGGCCCGGCGGCUUUACGGUGCUGCUGGCGGUGCUGAGCGCGGUGCCCGGCGCGCUGCGCCCGGCGGCGGCGGCGGCGGCGGCGGCGGCGAGCGAGGAGCGGCCCGCGAGCCCCGCGGUGGCCACGCCGUGCUGGCGAGUGGAGCAGUUCGUGGUUGCCCAGGAGUGCACGCGGUGCUCCGGCUUCGAGAUGGUGAGCGCGGGGCGGGGGCGGGCUCCCGGUACCCGGUACCCCUGUACCCCGGUACCCGGUACUCCUGUGCCCGGUACCCCCUGUGCCCGGUACCCCGGGGGGCUCUCCCUGAGCGGCCCCUCCGCCCCCCGUUGGCAGAAGACGAUCCCGGCCUGCGGCCCCACCGGUUUCAUCGAGAAGAUCAACUGCGCCUCGUCCCGCCGGGAUGAGUACAAGAGCUGCCGCUCGGCUGCGCUGGAGGCUCAGCGCUUCUGGCGCUUCGUGGGCUCCGCUCUGGGCGUGGCGGCGGCGGCGGCGGCGCUGGUGGUGCUGCGGCAGCGCGUGCUGGACCGGCGGGCGCUGGAGAAGGUCCGAAAACAGAUCGAGUCCAUCUAGCCGGAGGCUCCCGAGGGCUCGGAGCCGGGAAUUCCGCUCGCCCGGGGCGGCCGGAGGAGGAGCAGCCUCUGCCUCGCUGCCCGGGCCUGGAAUCCCACUGGGAUCUGCCCUGGGAGAGCAUCCAGGGAUCCCCGGAGCGGGGUGGGGAAUAAAUCCUGGUCACUGCUCCCGGGGUGAUGCUGCCUUGGUCCCUCGGAGGGAAUUCCCAGCACGGGGAUCUGCUCUGGGAUCGUCCUGGGCGUCCCCAGGGUCCCACUCCAGGAGAGGGAUGUGGAAUAAAUCCCGGUCCUCGUUCCUGGAGUGAGGCUGUGUUUGUUUCCUGGGGGGAUCCCCCGUUUCCUCCCCUGGGAGCACGCUGAGGGUCCAGGAACCCACCGCAGGAGCAGAAUAUGAAUAAAUCCUGAUUAAUGUCGCUGGA